AUGCUCUCUAACGAUGACGCUGGGGAAGACGAGGAAGACGAGGAAGAGAGACAUGACGAUGCUCCACGAGGCCACUACGCUCCGCCGGCGGGAUCGACCUACCAGCGUCGACUGGGCGAGUCUGGGGCGAAGACAUGGCGUUCGGCCCUGGACGACAUCUCGCGACCUACGACAGCCAAAAUCACGGCCUGGUUCCCUGGUUUCGUGUAUAUCGUCAGCUGCGUACGCAAGCACUUGCAGGACCUCUUCGAGGUACAGGACGUCUUCAUGAUCGCACCGCACUGCCUGGAUACUCUCGCCACCGUCCACUCCAGUUCGCGAGGAGACAGCGACCAACAGCCAUUUCCCCCGUGA